AUGCCGCGCGAGAUCAUCACUCUGCAAGCAGGCCAAUGCGGUAACCAGAUUGGCAUGGAGUUCUGGAAACAGUUGUGUCUCGAACACGGUAUAUCUGCAGAUGGAAUUGUACAGGACUUUGCAACGUCAGGUCAUGAUCGGAAGGAUGUCUUUUUUUAUCAAGCUGAUGAUGAGCAUUACAUUCCUCGUGCUUUACUCAUGGAUUUAGAGCCACGUGUGAUCAAUAGUAUUAGUACAUCUACCUUUAGAAAUUUAUAUAACCCUGAAAACUAUUUUGUAUCAAAAGAAGGAGGUGGUGCAGGUAAUAAUUGGGCAUCCGGAUAUCACCAAGGAGAGUGUCAUCACGAUCAAUUAAUGGAAAUGAUUGAUAGAGAAGCCGAUGGAUCUGAUAGUCUAGAAGGGUUUGUUUUGUGUCAUUCAAUUGCUGGAGGUACUGGUUCUGGUAUGGGCUCGUACUUACUAGAGAAUUUAAAUGACCAUUUUCCGAAAAAGCUCAUCCAGACGUACUCAGUGUUUCCAAAUCAGUCGGAUUUUCAAAGUGACGUGGUAGUACAACCAUAUAAUUCUCUUUUGACUAUGAAAAGAUUGGUAUUAAAUGCAGACUCUGUAGUAGUACUGGAUAACACAGCGUUAAACAGGAUUGCAGUGGAAAGGUUGCGAGUGGAAAAUCCAACAGUGUCCCAAUUAAAUUCUCUUGUGUCGACGGUUAUGGCGGCAAGCACCACAACGUUGAGAUAUCCAGGAUAUAUGAAUAAUGAUCUUAUUGGAUUAGUGGCGUCGUUGAUCCCUACUCCACGAUGUCAUUUUUUGAUGACAGGGUACACUCCUUUAACGAUUGAUGCGCAGGUAUCUACAGUUAGAAAGACAACGGUGCUGGAUGUGAUGCGGCGGCUAUUGCAACCGAAGAAUAUUAUGGUGAGCACGUCUACCAAGACAGGGUGCUACAUCUCGAUCUUGAACAUCAUCCAGGGAGAUGUGGACCCCACUCAAGUGCACAAGUCUCUGCAACGUAUUCGAGAACGUAAACUUGCGCGAUUUAUUCCUUGGGGACCUGCAUCGAUUCAAGUGGCGCUGUCGCGUAAGUCACCGUACAUGGAGACGGCACAUAAGGUGAAUGGCCUUAUGCUAGCCAAUCAUACGAGCAUUGGAGCACUAUUCCACAAGUUGCUGCUGCACGCACGCGAGGUGGUGCAGAAUCUGGUGGACGAGUACAAGGCUAGUGAACGCGCUGACUACGCGACGUGGGGACAGCCGUCCUCUCAAACCGCUUCUAGCGAAAUAGAUGACGUUCACAUGUCUCAUUAG